GCAGGAGUGAAGACCCCCUUGUGGAAGAAGGAGCCGGCGGAGCCCCCGGCCACCGAAGCGGCGGCGGCCGCAGACGAGGGCUCGGAGGAAGAGGAGGAGGAGGAGGAGGAGGAGGAAGAGCAGACGGCGGCGCCGGGGCGGCGGGAGCAGAGCGCGGCGGAGGGCGAGGCGCGCGGCCGGGAGGCGGAGGGCGGCGAGGGCCGCGAGCGGGGCUCAGUGUCCUACUGCCCGCUGCGCCAGGAAUCCAGCAGCCAGCAGGUGGCGCUGCUGCGGCGCGCGGACAGCGGCUUCUGGGGCUGGCUCGGCCCGUUAGCGCUGCUCGGCGGCCUGGGGGCCCCCGCCGACAGGAAGCGGAGCCUCCCGGAGCCGCCGUGCGUGCUGGAGACUCGGCGCCGGCGUCCGCGCGCCGGGGGCUGUGCGCGCUGCGAGAUCCUUUUCUGCAAGAAGUGCAGGAACCUGCACAGCCACCCGGCCUACGUGGCGCACUGCAUCCUGGAGCACCGCGAUCUGCGUGAGGCGCGGGCUCCGGGGGGCGCGGGGGGCGCGGGGGGCGCGGGGGCCGGCGGGGGCCCCUGAGCGCCCCGCCCCGCUGCGAGCCUCUGUGCCCUCCGUCCUCGCCGGCCCAGCCUCCCCGCCACCUCCUCCUCUCCCCGGACGCGGCGCGCCCCCCUGCACCUUCCCCAGAACUGCCCCUUCCCGGACCGCCCUCCCUGCAGCGCCUCCGCCCAGCCCGCGAGCCGGCCGCGGUCGCCGUGGGCGUCGCCGCCUGUCGCCGAGCGCCCGCCCCAGGCUGGGCCCAACAUCCCCUGGAGCUGUGUGCUGCCAUUAGCGCUUCCAGAGGGCUCCCGUCCCCGCGGCACCCAGUGCCUACCGCCCACCUGGCUCGAGUCGCCUGGCACAGCCUCACAGUCCUCUGUCGGGUAGUUCAGGUCCUCUGGCCCGGUGGCAGAGGCAUCGCCUAGAGAAACUAACCCCUGGGUUCGGUCACCGCCGGGAAACCUACCCCUGCCUCUCCAAUCAUUCAAUAAACCUUGAAUCAGAA